GUUCGACAGUAUCGUAUCAAGCCUCUGUCACUGCAUUCUCGAAUCCACAGCUUUGAUCCAAAUAGACCAUACAAUAUAUUAACACUUAAAGGACAAUUUACUCUCCCUGAGAUGCAUGCGUGGGUUGUAUUUUGCCUACCAGAGUUGCCUGAAAGAACCCCAGCAGAAGAGCAAGCAGAGUUUACUUUUGUUUCUACAUUUCUUGAUACUCAGUUGCAGUGCAUAUAUCGUGCUGGUGAGGCAGUCUUUAAGUCGGACAAUAUUUCAACAAUAUCUAUUUUGAAGGAUGUCCUUACUAAGGAAGCAACACGUAAAAAGGUGCGGCUUGACAUUUCUUGUGAAGUUAGUGAGGAUAGUGUGGUUCAUGCUUUGCAUCUUCUUCAUCCUCGAUUGGAGGCCCAACUCAUGUUGGCAAAGCAGGUAUCUCUCAUUGAUGCCCUGAGAGAAUUGGGGUCUCAUGAGACAGAUACAAGCUUCCUCUCACCAGAAUAUCAACACAUUUUAGAUAAUGCUGAUGACCUCAUGGCUCAAUACCGAAAACAACCAUGUCAUCUUGAGAGGCUUUAUGGUAUGAUUACAGACCUGUACAUUGACAAAUUCAAGUUUAAAGGAGUCAAUGUAAAGAGCCGUGUACCUCAGCUUCUAGAAAUCCUUGACAAUUAUGGAAGCCUUGAUCUCCAACAUCUAGUAAAUUUCUUUCAGUGUUAAGAUGACAUGAAAGAAAUUUCAUAAGUCUAAGCUAAACUUGCUUUUACAGCACAUUUUUAGUAUUGUAUACAUAUAUUUAUUUUAUUGUCUUUAGCUGUAAAUAAUUAUCAGAAUAUAUUUAAAAACAGCGAAUGUGGUAUUAGUGUCUAUCACGCGUAGGGUAUGUGAUCAGUUUGUAUGUAUGCAUGUAUGAACUGCAAAAUUAUAGUUAUAAUAUUUCAUCAUUGAAAAAUGUGAUAUGCAGGUACAGCAUAUAUAUGUAGUUUUAUUUAUUUAGUCUACUUCCCAUGAUUCUUCUAUUAACUGAUACAGUUCACAGCUAGACUAUUCUGUUUAUUUGAAUUUCAUGUGCUCAAAGUUUUUCUUUCGGUCUAUAUCUAGUCAUUUUUAUGUUCUGGCGUUUCAUCUUUAUUUUAUUCAGAAUCAUCACACAAAGAAUUAUUUAUUUUGUGCUUUAUUCAGUUUUGCUCAUGUAAUUAGGUUAACUUUAUUUGCAGUAUUGCAUCACACUAUUGUGCACCAUUGGAUACUUUGCAGGGUAAAAAAUGGGUGCAUUAGUUAUGGAUUAUAACUUUGCAAUGUAGUGUUACAUCUCA